AUGUCGGAUGGUCUUGCUAGUGCGCGACAGCUGGCCUUUAAAAAUGCGGGGAAGAGUACCGACGAAAUGCGCCGACGUCGACAGGAAGGCCAAGUUGAAUUGCGAAAAACCAAACGUGAUGAAUGCCUUCAAAAGAAACGAAACAUGCCUUCGGAUAUUUCUGCCGAAGCGGAAGUUGACACUGUUGAAAAGACCAACCUUUUGGAUUUGUCAUCGAUCGUUCAAUAUGCAAACGUCGAGGAUCCCGCUGUCCGACUACUCGUGGUACAAUCUGCAAGAAAACUAUUGUCCAGUGGGAGACAUCCGCCUAUUGACGAACUGAUCAGUUAUAAUGUACUGCCGAUGCUCGUCAGUUGCUUGGAGUCUGAAAAUCCCACCUUGCAAUUCGAAGCUGCUUGGGCUUUGACGAACAUUGCUUCUGGAAAUUCGAAGCAAACCGCUGCGGUUGUUCAGGCCGGAGCAGUGCCAUACUUUAUAAAACUAUUGUCAUCACCGCAUGCCAACGUUUCGGAGCAGGCCGUCUGGGCUCUGGGUAACAUUAUCGGCGAUGGUCCACAGCUUCGCGAUCAUGUUAUUGAACAAGGUUUAAUCAAGCCCUUGUUAAGUCUCCUCACACCAAAUAUCUCAAUUACUUUUCUUCGUAAUAUUACAUGGGUGAUGGUGAACUUGUGUCGGAACAGAGACCCACCCCCUCCUGUCGCUACAAUUCAAGAACUACUCCCCGCUCUUCUGUAUUUGAUCACAAAUACAACAGAUAGUCAAAUUUUGGUUGACACAGUGUGGGCCAUAUCCUACCUUACUGAUGGAGGAAACUAUCUGAUCAGCAUGGUAAUUGAUGCUGAGAUUGUCCCUCAUCUAGUGCCGCUGUUGUCACAUCCAAACUUCAAAGUACAGAUUGCGGCUUUACGUGCAGUUGGCAAUAUAGUAACAGGUACUGACCAGCAGACUCAGGUUGUGCUGGAUUGCGGCGCUCUUAGCCAUUUUCAUCAACUCCUCAAUCAUCCGAAGGAGAAGAUAAACAAGGAGGCUGUUUGGUUUCUCUCAAAUAUUACUGCUGGUGAUCAGAGUCAAGGGCAAGCUGUUAUCGAUCAUAAUCUUGUGCCUCUAAUCAUCGGUCAUCUUGCCAAUAGUGAAUUUCUCACCCAGAAGGAGGCUGCUUGGGCAAUUUCAAACCUGACGAUUAACGGAAACGUUCAGCAGAUUCGGUACCUUAUAUCGCAAAAUGUGAUACCUCCUCUGUGCAAGUUGCUAGAUGUGCGGGACACUCAAGUGAUUCAAGUUGUUCUUGAUGGAAUAGCAAACAUUCUUAAAUUAGCGGGCGACCAGCUUGAGGAGGUUGUUAAUGCCAUUGAAGCCUGUGGUGGCUUGACGCUCAUCGAAAACCUUCAACAAAACGCAAAUUCGUCUAUCUUCAAAUCGGCGUAUAACAUCUUAGAAAUGUAUUACGGAUCCGGCCUUGAUGACACCAUACCUACUGACGAUAACUUCGACGACCUUGGAGAAACCGACGGAAACAAUCCUCAAGCCGGAGAUGGGACGGAAGAUGCCUUCACGUUUGGACCCAGAAACGAGAACAUGCGAUUUGAUUUUUGA